UGCAGCCUGAUGGUUUCACUUUAGUAAAACGCGUUUCGUUUUUUACUCGUCUCCAGUCGAGGCCACCGUACUGCGUUGUGCGUGACGCCACGAGCAAAAACAAGGACCACAGGCGAGUGAUGAGUAGCUAGCUCCGUUCAACGCAAUUUAAUUCCUUUAUCUAAACAGCUGUUACAAUCGAAAGCAAAAACCCACGCGUGAAACAUCUCGACAAUUAAGAUUUCACUCCCGUUUACAAGUGUCUGUAGCACUCGUACCGGACACGAUAUCACACGAAUGCUACAGCUAAAUAUUAGCUGGCUAGCUGACAGUUCAAAUCGACGUCUCAUAUCAGUAAACAUCGCGUUAGGCUGCUUUUUACCAUUAAUAAUGUUAUUAAUAAAAGCUUAUCCCUCCUCACGAGGAAUACCGACAGCGGAAAAUUGGUGUAUUGUUGAAUAGAAAUUACUCUGCGGUUAUGGCCUUCAGCUUACAACAUGUAGCAGGAUUUUCACAAUACACCAUUUAAUAAAACAUCAAACGUCAUUCUCCUUUGCAUUCAUUCACUAAAGCACAUAAGCCCCGUGAGUAACAGCUAAUAGACAGGGAGGCUGAUAGAGUGCACCAUGUCGGACCUGGACACCCUCAUAGUCACCUUUCAGACCCAGCUUUCAGAUGUGAUGGAGGCUGUAGUGAAGACAGCCAUGUUUGAGGUGACCAGGUUGGUGGAAGAUGUGUUUUUGGUGGAGGUGAAGCGCAGGAGCCAGGAGAUAGAGUCCCUGAGGAUGCAGCUGCAGUGGAUUGAGAGCAAAUUCAAGGAUCAAGCAGGGAAAGAAGGAGGAAAGACUGGAAGGGGCGUGCACUGUGCAAGGCAUGGUGUGGAACUGUCCACUGACACUGCAGAAAAAAGGCCUAAAAACCAUCAGGAAGAACAAGUUAGUGUGAAGACAGAGAGUGACUCUUUUGAAAGAUGGACAGCAAGCUGCAGACUAGAAGACACAUCAGAGUCGCUACCAGAGGCAGACAGUGCUACAGCUGCACAGAGCCCUGAAAGGGAGCCAGAGGCAGCAGAAGAAAAGGAUGUGAGAUCAGCUGUUGCUACGAAGGAGGAAGAAGUUAGUCAGCCAUCUUGCUCCUCUGUGCAUAUGGGAGGGUGGAACUGUAGUGAUGAAGAGGGACCUGGAUCAGACAACGAGAGUGGAACAGUUCAGGUACAACCCAAACAGACUGAAGAAAACAGCGAGGAAUUAUUGAGAAAUGUCAUGAAGAAAGACCCACAGAUAGCUUCGGGUUAUGGCUUUCCUGAAGACAGGCAGGAAAAACACCUGUCUACAGAUCGACCGCGUGUUUCAUCUUUGGAAAUAGAUACCAGUUGGGCUGGCUUGACUGUCACAGGCGCUGAGUUGUUGCAGAAUCCCAGACUUGGAGCUGAAACGGAACGUGAUCCAGUCAAAACUAAAGGAGAACAUGAGCUGUCUGAUUCUGUCAGAGCGGACAUUCAGGUUACCCCAGGCAGAGAUAAAAUUUCAUCCUCAGGGUCCCCUAAGGCAAGACUAAAAAACAGUGAUGUUUUAGGCCUGACUAUCAAGAAGGAAGUCAUUCUUGAUUCUGAUGGAUGUGAGGAAGGUGAGCAUAUAGAAAAGAAAAUAACAAACUCAGGUAUGUCCUCUUUUUCAUGUUCAGUAAAGCAGCACAAGGUGAGUUCAGAAGCACACAGACUAAACCACAUUUCUCAAAAAGCUGCUGUGCAAGAGGUUAUGAAGCUACAUUCCAAAGCCGGUUCAGGUUUCAGAUUGCAAGCCGCUUUACAGCAUCUCCACCGACCGAUGAAAAAGCCGUCUCACACUCUCUCGAACAGUACCGCUGCCGCACUGACUAUAGCUCCCUCUCAAGUUGUAAACUUAAAUAACCUUCAAAGAAUUCCCUCCACAUCCAAAGCAUCUCCUGCUGUAUCCUCAAUCCAGCGAGUUCACCUGGGUGACAAACAGACAUCAACCCUUAACCGAACUGGAGACUCCUGGGUCAGCAACAGGUCCCAGCACCAUCCUGCAAACUCUCACCACGUCAGUCCUGGUACCCAUCCAGACUCUCAGUCUCACGCUGCUCCAAGGCAUCUCCUACGCUGUGGGCAGUGUGGGAAGUGCUUCCCCCACCCCAGUAACUUGAAGGCCCACCUGCAGACUCACACAGGUGAGCGGCCUUUCUGCUGUUCGCUCUGUGGCCGGAGUUUCACCAAGCUGAGCAACCUUAAAGCACACCGUCGCGUCCACACUGGAGAGAGACCAUACUGCUGCUUGGCCUGUGGCAAACGCUUUACCCAGAAAUGUAAUCUCAAACGCCACCAGAGGAUCCACCUUGAUGCAUGUUGAUAGAGAUCCAACAUACAUCAUGAAAGGACAACUUAAAUAUGUGUAUUUCUUUAAGAUGCUACAGAGCUAUGUUGUGUUGCAAUACAGUCUGUGUGAGGCUUUGCAGGCCUUCUUUUUAGUAUAUUUAUCUUUUAAAGUGAUUGUCCUGAAUAAUACUGUGCAUUCCAGAAAGGUUAAUCUAAUAACAUAUAAAAAUGUUUUAAUGUUACUAAAGGAUGAAAAACAAGAAUGUGUUGUGUCGUUUACCGUGUGCAAAGAUAGGGCAGUUGAUACAUUUGGUCAGUAAAAGACUGUGAAUAUGCAUAUUAUUGUGUUGUGUCAACUGCAAUGUGCCUGUGAGCACACAAGCACUUGUCAGCCAUGGAUCAGAGCUUACAUUUAUCAGCUGUAACAUUUAUUCAAACUGGUAAGCCUAGCUCUAAAAAUACUUUGCAAAAUACUACAAAUUUAAACAGAUAUCCACAGGACACUAAAAUUGGUUAAGGUGCAGUAGUUAAUGUCUGCAACAGCAACUUUUCUUGCUAUACCUCUCGUUAUGCCAACUUUGCAUUAAAAAAAUUUAAGUUUAUUGAUCAGUGCUUAGAUUUUGUUUUUAAUGAGGAAAAUUACAUCAUAAAGAAAAAGCUUAUGACUGCUCUCUUAUUUGUAAGGAGCUGCUGCAGCAGAUGGAGCCACAUAUUUGAUUUGGCACUGAGUUUUAAGCUGGAUGCUCUUCCUGAUGCAACCCUCCCAGGGAUUUGUGCCUGCUCUCGGGGAUUUGUGCCUCCUCCCAGUCUUGUACCGGGGAUCUUUCAUGUUGAGGGAAUGUGUUAACAGCGCUGCCCUCUUGAUUACAUCAUAAAGUAAGAAAAGUCGCGAUUGCCAUAAUCUAGAAGAACAUCCAUUUAAUUAAUUUUUAGCAGAUAAUUUUUAAUACAAGAGUUUACAGCCUGCAGAGUAAGUUGAUAAAUGGUUCCAAGUUGUUCUUUAAAACUUGUUAAUAAAUAUAGGCCCAAAUCAUUUGAUCUAAGAACCCUCCCUCCGGUAACGAAACAGUUUUAAUGUAGAUGCAUCCUUUCUUAGUUUUAAAAUUGUACAAUGAUCGAUGAUCUGAUAUUUCAAGAUGCAAAGACUUCUUUACCAAUGUCUUGAAAAGUGCUUCUUUUGAAAAAACGAUGUAUCAUAAGUGAUGGUAAAUGGUAAAUGGCCUGUAUUUAUAUAGCGCUUU